AUGAUUGCCCGGAUAGCUUUUUCGGCGCUGCUCUACGCAUCCACUGCUUUCGCCGUAUGCACCAAGCUCGAGGACUGCCCACAGUUCGAACACCUCAAAACGGAUGAAUGUCAGACAUACCACCAUUUCAUCGCCCGAGGCUCCACAUCGCCAUACCCAGGCCACGUAAUCGAGACUGUCGGCAAAGUUUGCAACGCCCUGAACACGCAGGAGAAUCCCAAGGCCUGUGGCUAUGAGGACGUACAGUAUGCAGCCCAGAACGGGGGAGAGCGCUGGUGCAAGUCGGCUCAUGAGGGUGCGAUAAACGGCGCCGAACAGAUGAGAAACUACACAGCGAGGUGUCCCGAAAGUCACCUGCUAGUCAUGGGCUUCAGCCAGGGCGGCAGUGUUAUGCUGGAUGUACUCGGUGGUGGUGGUGGCAUGCUCUGGGGAUGUGACCAGGCGCAGAAUCCCGCCAUGGACAUCAACAGCGCGCCGGGCUCCAAGGUUGCCGCAGCCGUCGUAUUCGGUCCUACGCGUCGCUCCGCAAACCAAACCUUCACCCGCGGCGGUGGCGACAUCUCUGACGGCGGCGCCCCACGAUCAGCCGAGGAAAACGCCGGCCUUAAGCCCUACGCCGAUGCAGGCAGGCUUCGCGAAUACUGUCAGCCUGGCGAUCCUAUCUGUGCGCCUCAGACUGAUAACAAGGACAUGUCAAAGCACUUGGACUACUUUGACAAGUUCGGCGACGAGGCUGCCGCAUGGGUAAUCGAUCUUGCAAAGAAGGCUGAAGGAGUGGACCGUAAGUCGAGCGCAGGCAACAUGCUGCACAAGACCAUUUCCCACCCGAUUGCGAACGUCUUUGUCUUGAUCUUCGUGCUUUGCGUACUAUACUUCGUCGUAAGAAAGUUCGCCGUAUGGAAGACAUCGCCCAUCUACGCUCGUGUCAACACAACCGAAACCGUAUGA